AUGUCUCCCAUUACAUACCUUCGUCUGACACCGCAUCCCUUGUCCAUCCUGCCCGAUCAUCCAUCCCUCGACCCCUCGCCCACACGGCCUCCUCUUAACGAGUUCCUCACCGCCAUUCUCACCGAAGCCCAGACCUUCGUGGCCUCCAUCCCGGACACCUUCCGCCGCGAUCGCAAACUCCGUCGAUCGCCCCCGGCCACCGCCCCAGUCCAUCUCUCCACGCGCGCCCGGUCGGGCGAGUACUGGGUCUGCCGGAAGAGCGUCCACAAGGACGCGCCCGUGCCCGGGUCCGCCUCAUGGGAGGAGUUCCGCGCGGGGCUGAGGGAGCACCAUUCCGAGCAUGAGAUGGAGUACACGCCCAGUGUGAGUGCGGUGAAGACGUUGUUGGAGUGGCCGUCGGCGCAGGAGCUGGAGCAGGAGCUGGAUGUCGUUAUGAUCACGCACACCUUCCACCCGACCGCCUUGAUCGCGCCGCGUUCCUUUAUCGUCCUGGUGGUAUCUACCGACCGACCCGCGCGCGGAUUCGUGACUGUCCAGAUUCCGCUCACCGUCGCCCCUGCCGGGUCGGAUCUGGACUCCUGGCGCAACACGAUCUCCGCGUCUGCCCCUCGGAAUACCAUCUUCGCAUCCUAUGCGAGUGUGGAACAAGUGCUCGCCACCCCGGACGGGCUAGAGUGGAUGGUGGCUACCACAUCCGAUGCUGGCGGGGCCAUCCCUCAGUGGAUACAGCGGAGCUGGACGAUGGGCGGAGUCCCCAAAGCUGUGGUGGCCGACGUGGGUUUGUUUCUUGGGUGGACAGCCCGGAAUCGAUCGCGGUCCCGGCCUUAG